UUAACCCACCUGAGACUAAUUAAAGGCUGGUUUAGGAGGAGAUAUAAAUGGGCAGAAAGCGAAGCACGCUUUCUAUCUAAACGCACUUCAGUACAGUAGCUGUUCACAGUGUAUUAGUAGAGUUCACAGAGCUUGUGUUAGAGAGAGCAGAGCUGCGACAUGGGGAAAGAGAGAAUUCACAUCAACCUGGUGAUUAUCGGCCAUGUGGACAGUGGCAAGUCCACCACCACAGGACACCUCGUGUAUAAGUGUGGUGGCGUGGACCCCAGAACCCUGGAGAAGUAUGAGAAGGCUUCUGCUCAGAUGGGCAAAGGUUCCUUCAAGUACGCCUGGGUUCUAGACAAGCUCAAAGCAGAACGGGAGCGGGGGAUCACAAUUGAUAUUUCUUUAUUAAAGUUCAACACACAGAAGUAUGUAAUUACAAUAAUAGAUGCACCCGGCCAUCGUGACUUCAUUAAGAACAUGAUUACUGGAACCUCACAGGCUGAUGCUGCUCUCCUGGUGGUUUCUGCAGCGAAAGGGGAGUUUGAGGCCGGGAUCUCUCGAAAUGGUCAAACGAGGGAGCACGCCUUGCUGGCUUACACCCUCGGGGUGAAGCAGCUCAUUGUGUGCGUCAACAAAAUGGACGUCACGGAACCCCCUUUCAGUCAAAAACGAUAUGAUGAGGUGGUGAGAAAUGUGACUGUCUUCAUUAAGAAGAUAGGCUAUGACCCUACAGCAGUGCCUUUUGUUCCUGUAUCUGGCUGGGGUGGUGAUAAUAUGCUUGCACCAUCUCAGAAGAUGUCUUGGUUCAAGGGCUGGAAGAUAAAGAGAAAAGAUGGCUACUCUGGUGGCAAGACGUUGUUGGAGGUGCUGGAUUCACUGUACCCUCCAGUCCGCACUGCCAACAAGCCCCUCCGGCUGCCCCUGCAGGAUGUCUACAAAAUCGGCGGAGUUGGCACAGUUCCUGUCGGCAAGAUUGAGACUGGGAUCCUGAAGCCUGGGAUGGUGCUGACUUUCUCCCCAGCUAAGCUGACUGCCGAGGUAAAGUCCAUUGAGAUGCAUCACCAGGGGCUUCAGACAGCUCUGCCUGGCCACAAUGUGGGAUUCAACAUCAAGAACGUGGCUGUGAAGAACCUGAGACGAGGAGACGUGGCUGGUAAUGCCCAGCAAGACCCACCGUCUGAUGUCAGCAGCUUUGUUGCUCAGGUGAUCAUUCUGAAUCACCCUGGCAAAAUCAAGAAUGGCUACUCUCCAGUGCUGGACUGCCAUACAACCCACGUGACCUGCCGGUUUGCAGAGCUACGGGAGAAGCUUGACCGGCGCACAGGGAAGAAACUGGAGGACUGGCCCCAGGUCCUAGUGUCAGGAGAUGCUGCCACAGUCAAAUUUGUUCCCAUUAAACCCAUGUGUGUGGAGAGCUUCUUUACCUACCCACCUUUAGGGCGCUUUGCUGCCAGGGACCUGAAGCAGACGGUUGCAGUAGGGGUCAUCAAAUCUGUGGAGAAGGUGGAUCAGACAAAGAAGACUGGGCAGAAAGCUCAAGUAUGCAAAUGAAUUAAUCAUUUAACACUUUUUAUGCCUUUUUUUUUGUUUACCAGCAGUCUGGUAUGUGAGCCUGAUGGCUGUAUAUUUGUGUUUUAAGAUGGUACAUAGUAAUUUAUGUUGACCUGAAAAUGGAGCUGUAUGUUUUUGAUGAGUGGACACUGUUGGAAUUGUCUUAAAUAUUUAAGUACCUGGUUCUUAUUGUAAAAGCUGCUAGACUGCAAAAUUUAAUUUACUUAAGUUAAUACUUUUGUAUUUUGAAUCUGAAUCCUGAGUUCAUGUUUGAAGCCUGCAAUUUCUUAACCUUGUAAUAUGAAGGUGGAAUAAAGAGAAGGUGGUCCAGUAAA